UAUAAAUUUAUUUAUUAAAAUAUUAAAUACUUACUUAUUGAUUUAAAAAAUCAUUACAAUAUUACGGUCCAUCGUUUAGUUUUUAAUUCUUUACCAAUUCACUUAUAUAGUUUACUAUGUCAUCGAAAUCAAAACAUAUUUCAAUAAAAGAUACAUUAAACUCUGAAUUUCCAUUUAGGCAAGUUCAAAUAAAUAUGUUGUCUAACUUAUUUUUAACUGAAGAUGGAGUCUUACCUCCUUGUGUUUUCAUGCAUGGUCUACCAUCUACUGGUAAAACAAGUGUAGCGACUCGUUUGUUAAAUUUACUUGGAAAGUCAGUCAAAUCAUCUAUUGUAAAUUCUGUAUGCUGUUACACAAAUCAAUUUUUAUUUGAACCAAUUUUAAAAGAUUUAUUACAAAUUAAACAAAGCGACUUACCUAAUCGCUGUGAUAAUUUUAUGCAAUUUUUAAACAUAUUAAAACAAUCAGAAAUUCAACAAGAACGAGUAAUUAUAUUGUUGGAUAAUUGUGAAAUGUUAGGACAUGAACAAAUAGUUUUAUUUUCAAAACUACAAGAGCUGAUAAAAAGUUAUCAGCUUUGUGUUAUACUUAUAAGCCAAGUACCUCCUGCUAAAUUUGAUGAGGAUAUUAAUUUUUUACCAAUAGUGUUUGAACAGUAUAAUACUGAUGAGAUAUCAGUUAUUUUAUCAAAAGAUAUACCAAACGAUUGGAGUUUAUCUAUUUAUCAAAAUUUUCUAACUGUUUUUAUGGGAUCAUUUUAUGGCAGCUGUCGAGAUUUAGUAGAAUUAAAAUAUUUGGCAAAACUUCUAUUCAUUAAAUAUGUAGAGCCAAUAGAAGAUGGAUCAUGUACAGAAAUGAAUCGACCUUUAUUAUUCAGAAAAAUAAGUCCUAGUAUUCAAUUAUUGUUAAAUAAUGUAUAUCUAGGAACAAGUUUGGAAAAUGUCAAUAGUUUGUCUGAUGAGAAAACAAAAUUUGAAAAGCUUGCUUUGGAUUUACCUUAUUAUGCCAAAUAUUUUUUAAUUGCUGCAUAUAUUGCAUCAUUUAAUUUACCAAAAUAUGAUAAGCAAUUGUUUGUUAAAGCAUCAAACAAAAAAAGAAAAACUAAUCGAUUAGUAAAUAAAACAGAAAAUUCUACUUGUCAACUAGUUGGACCUAAAGUUUUUUCAUUAGAUCGUUUAUUAGCAAUAUUUUAUGCUAUUAUUGAAGAAAAUACUAAUAUGACUGCCAAUCUUUUAGCACAAGUUAAUACAUUAUCAGAUUUGGGACUUUUAAUACGUUUAGGUGAUGGUAAAUUGGACACCCCUAAAUACAGAUGUAGCGUUAGUUUUGAUUGUGUUAGUAAUAUUGCACGGACAGUGAAGUUUAAUUUAAAUAAAUAUCUAAUAGAUAAAUAAUAAUCUAUAUUAUUUUAUUUUAGUUUUAUAAAAUAACUAUUAGUUUUUACUUAAAAAUAAAUUAAUAAUAUUUUUUAAAUUUUAUAUUUUUUAAUAAUUCAUAAUACUUUUUUUGAUUGUAUAAUGUACCUAAUAGCUAAUUGUCUUGCUGUAAUGUAAUAAUUUAUUAAAUUAUGUUAUUAAUUUUUAAACGCAAUAAAUGUUGGUUUGAAAUAACUAUAGACAUAAUAAUUGUGAAGCUAAUACUAGAUAUAUUCUUGAGUACCUACUAGGUUUGUAUUGUGAUUAAAUCUAAUAUUAUUGAUCGAAAGGCGUUUGGCGGCGAUUAAACGAUAAUGUUUAGUGUUUAUUGAAUUAAAAUAUAAUUGUUGUUGUCGUCACAUGAAAUAGAUAGGAAAUAACAAGUGGAUAAGCACCACGGAUAAUUAUUAUACAAAACAAUAAAACAUAACGAUUAACAAAAUAUAUAAUAUAUCAUUAAACAAAACAUAACGCAAAACGUUAUAUAUAGUAUAUUAUUAAAUGUAAUAAUUUCCAAUUACUAAAUAGUUUUAAAUUAAAAUGCUGGUUUCGUGAAAAUA